UUAAAGUCAUGUUUCAUAGUAACUUCCUACCUGAACCUUCAACCGUGAAAUCCUACGCUGUCGCGUUAGCGUGACGUGUGGUAAGCACUUGGGCGUGGCUCAUUUUGCGGUCUGAAGAUCAAUAUCUUCAAGCUGAAUCCCAAAGAACUCAAACCUCUCAUCACCAAACUCCUCACAUCUCCCAAUCCCUCAAUGUCAAACACAAAAACUCCCAAGCCAAAACGAGACAUGAAAGUCCUCUGUCUCGGCCUCCCCCGUACAGGCACAGCUUCCAUGGCCGAAGCCCUCACUGUUCUCGGCUACAAAGACGUGUUCCACGGUCUCAAAAUCCUCGACGACAAAGAAGCCUGGAAGAAUCUUGAGCGCGCAACAGACGCUUCAUUCCCGAAUCUUCCGACAUACACGGGAAAACCCUUCACUCGUGAACAGUGGGAUGAGAUCUGGGGAGAAUGUGAAGCCACCACCGAUGUAGCGUCUAUUUACGCACCGCGGCUCAUUGAGACGUACCCCGAUGCUAAAGUCAUUCUUGUAAUUCGGGAUUUUGAACCUUGGUUCAAGAGCGUUGACGAGAGUGUUCUCAAACAACUCUGGAACCCGAUUGCCGAGUUCUCCAUCAAAUUUGUUGAACCACUGCUUGGGUCUAGAGCAGGCCCAGCGGCGCGAAAGCAAAUGCUAGGUCUUUUCCAAGCAGAGACAGUUGGAGAAGCUCGAAAGAAUAGCAGAGAAACGUAUGACCGCCAUCAUCGUGUUAUUCGAGAGAUGGUGCCCAAGGGACAACUACUCGAGUAUCGCAUGGGCCAAGGCUGGGAGCCCAUUUGUGAGUUUCUGGAUAAGCCUGUGCCGGAGAAGGAGUUUCCUUGGGUGAAUGAGGCAGCGGAACUACGGAGAAUUGUAAAGGAGAAGGUUAAGAGUAACAUUGUUGAUGCUGCGAUGGUUGUUAUGCCGUGGGCUGGAGCGGCUGCUGCUUUGGGAGCUGGAUACUGGAUGAUGUAUAAUAGGUGAUUAUCUUGACAUUGUAUAUAAGCGAUGCCGUUGAACUGGGAUCGCUGAUUAGUCGCCUUGAA